AUGGAGGCGGCGGGAGGCGGCGGAGCCCCGGGCCCGGCCCGGGCCCGCCCGGGACAGCCCCAGCCCCAGCCACAACCACAGCCACAACCCCAGCCACAGCCCAAGGGCCGGGAGCUCUUCAGGAGCCAGCGCAAGGAGUCCGAGGGCUCCGUGGAUUGUCCCAACCUGGAAUUUGAGUACGGGGACGCCGACAGCCACGGCGCUGAGCUGGCAGAGCUGUACAGCUACACCGAGGAGCCUGAGCUGAGCCACAACAGGAGAUGCUUCGAGGAGGAUUUUCACACUCAAGUGCCGGACAGGAGGUGGCUGGAGCUGGACAGGGCUCAGCAGAAGGCCUACGUCAUGCGCCUGCUGGAUGGGCUGGAGGUGGUCAACAGGGACAAGAGGCUCAGAGUGGCACGGGCCAUCCUGUACCUGGCACAGGGUGUCUUUGGGGACUGUGAUAAUGAAGGUGAUGUCCUGCACUGGUCUCGGCACAACAGCUUCCUCCUGUACCAGCUGGGAACCUUCUCUGCCUUCCUGGAGCUUCUCAACAUGGAGAUUGAGAACAGCCAGGCCUGCAGCAGCGCCCUGCGGAAGCCGGCCAUCUCCCUGGCCGACAGCACGGAGCUCAGGGUCCUGCUCAGUGUCAUGUACCUGAUGGUGGAGAACAUCCGUGUGGAGCAGGAGAUGGAUCCCCCCGAGUGGAAAACCUGCCGGGAGACCUUCAGGAUGGAGCUGAGUUUCCCUGUGCACACUGAGGAGCCGUUUGCUCUGCUGCUCUUCACGAUGGUGACCAAGUUCUGCAGCGGCCACGCUCCGCACUUCCCCAUGAAGAAGGUCCUGCUCCUGCUCUGGAAGGUGCUCCUGGUGAGUGCAAGCCCUUCCUGGCUCCAGAAACUUUUAUUCUGGAACAGUGCUGCUCUGGGGCUGCCGCCCCUGCCCGAGGACAGCAUCCAGGUGGUGCGGGGGAUGCGUGCGGCCUCCCCGCCCACCUACGCCAUCGAGCUCGUGGAGCAGCAGCAGCAGCAGCAGCAGAAGCGGGGCCACCGCAGCCGCAGGCCCCUGAUGAAGCAAGACAGUUUGGAUAUCUACAACGAGAGAGAUCUCUUCAAGAACGAUGAAGGAGGGGUUGAUGAAGAGGAGAACGACGACGUGGACAGCGGGAUCGAGGGGGAGCUGGACCUGAUGGAGCGGGACGCCAUCAUCCCCGCGAUGCCAGCUCAGCGCCUGCCCAUCGAGAGGGUGUCCUUCCCCAAGGGGCUCCCCUGGGCCCCCAAAGUCAGACAGAAAGACAUCGAGCACUUCCUGGAAGCAAGCAGGAACAAAUUCAUUGGAUUCACGCUGGGACAGGACACCGAAACCCUGAUAGGGCUCCCACGGCCGAUCCAUGAAAGUGUGAAGACCCUGAAGCAGCACAAGUACGUUUCCAUCUCGGAUAUCCAGAUCAAGAACGAGGAGGAGCUGGAGAAGUGCCCCAUGUCUCUGGGGGAAGAGGAAGUCCAAGAAACCCCUUGUGAGGUCUUGUAUCGAGCAAUGUUGUACAAUCUCCCCCAGUACAUGAUUGCUUUGCUGAAGAUCCUCCUGGCUGCUGCACCCACCUCCAAGGCCAAGACUGACUCCAUCAACAUCCUGGCAGACGUGUUGCCUGAAGAGAUGCCCAUCACCGUCCUGCAGAGCAUGAAGCUGGGCAUCGACGUGAACAGGCACAAGGAGAUCAUCGUGAAGAGCAUCUCGGCGCUGCUGCUGCUGCUCCUCAAGCACUUCAAGCUGAACCACAUCUACCAGUUUGAGUACGUGUCCCAGCACCUGGUGUUUGCCAACUGCAUCCCGCUGAUCCUGAAAUUCUUCAACCAGAACAUCAUGUCCUACAUCGCUGCCAAAAACAGCAUCUCUGUUCUGGAUUAUCCACAUUGCACGGUCUGUGACUUGCCCGAGCUCACAGCAGAAAGUCUGGAAGCCGGAGACAACAACCAGUUCUGCUGGAGGAAUUUGUUCUCCUGCAUUAACUUGCUGAGGAUCCUCAACAAGCUGACCAAGUGGAAACACUCGAGGACAAUGAUGCUGGUGGUGUUUAAAUCAGCCCCGAUCCUGAAGCGGGCUCUGAAGGUGAAGCAGGCCAUGAUGCAGCUCUACGUGCUCAAGCUGCUGAAAAUCCAGACCAAGUACCUGGGGCGUCAGUGGAGGAAGAGCAACAUGAAGACCAUGUCUGCCAUCUACCAGAAGGUGCGGCACCGCAUGAACGACGACUGGGCCUACGGCAAUGACAUUGACGCCAGGCCGUGGGAUUUCCAGGCUGAGGAGUGCACGCUGAGGGCCAACAUCGAAGCCUUCAACAGCCGCAGGUACGACAAGCCGCAGGACUCGGAGUUCGCCCCGGUGGACAACUGCCUGCAGAGCGUGCUGGGCCAGCGCCUGGAGCUGCCCGAGGACUUCCACUACUCCUACGAGCUCUGGCUGGAGCGGGAGGUGUUCUCACAGCCCAUUCGUUGGGAAGAGCUGCUGCACUGCCAGUGACAGCCACCUCCUCGUUGGGAAGGGCUGCUGCACUGCCAGUGACAGCCACGUCCCUGCCUGCCCCGCUCCCGCCUCCCCGAGGGCUGGCGGUGCCACGGGCUGGGCUGGAUCUGGGGGGUUUUAAAGCACAGCUGGGGAAAAAAACAAUCCCUAAACUUUCCAAAGAGACCAAGUCUCUCUGUGCCCAGCAGACACCUCUUUUUGGAGGUCAUCCUGUGACUUCUUGGAGACCUUUGGUUGCAGAGUGAGCUCAGAGCCCAGGUGUGUCUCCAUGGAGGCUUGGUGUAGGGAUUCCCAGCUGGGAAUUCCAUCCCUCCCGGCUGUGCCUGGCUUGUUUGGGUCUGUUUGGUUCUGGCUGGCUGCUGACCUGCUCCAACACCACCCUGCCACAGCAGGAACACAGCGUGGCUUGGGAUGGAGACAGAAUUCCGUGUUGUCCCUGGGCUGGCACUGCUGCUGGGGUGACCCAGCCCAGCUCAGAGUGCUGGUGCCACCAGGGACCGGUCCUGCAUGUCCCCUGGACACCCACCCGUCACCUCCGCUCUCCUCCACCUCACUCACCUUUAUAGAACCACCCCUGUGCUGUGCAGUGUUGGAGAUCCCUUUUCUCUCCUCCCUGAGUGUCAUGAUGAUUCCACAUCCUCUUCAGCCCUUCCAGCCCUGAGGAGACAACAAGUAGCACGCUAAAAAACACAGAUUUUUGGUUGUUUGGGGGAAUGUCUGUGCCAGGCCUUAGGGUAGGGAGGGAAGGGGCAUUGGUGAACAAUUUAUGAGGAAAAGAGUGGAUUCUGUGGUCCAUAAAUUCCAGAAUGAAUAGGAUAUUGAGCUGUAAACUUUCUAUCAGUUUAAUAACUGAAUACUUAAAUGAAAUCAUGAACGCUACACUUGAGUAAAGCUGCGUUGCAUGAGGGUGGCAUUUGUCAAAGCAUCGUGUGUUCAUAGGGCAGGGAAGCCCUAAAUAAACAAGUGUUUGUUAUGGCAGAAUUUGUGCUAAUUGCUUAAAUAAUUAACUAACCUGGGAAUGUUUCUUUCAUGGGGUUUGUCCAAGGCUUUGUUCAUGGAAAUGCCAUUAAGCCUUUUAAAACCUUUUAAGAUACGCUUUUGUUCAAAAUAAACCAACUUUUAAAGGACA